AUGUACUACACUGCAAUGAAAGCGCUGUGGCUUGGGCUGCUCGUAAAAGUUUCUCUGCCGAAUACGUCCUGUCGCUCGCGACGUGUUACCUGCCCCUCUUGCCCUCAGAUCACCGUAAAAGACAUUGAGGACUUUGAGAAGAAUUACAAGGAUUCAGAAGAGGAGCUGGAUGAUAUUAAAGCAGCGUACGUGGAUUUUGAGGGUGACAUGGACAAAAUAUUGGAGUCUGUGCUGUGCGUGGACUAUACAGAUGAACCAAGGAUAAGGAAAAUCAUACAAGAAGCCAUUGACUCUGGAGAACUCCCAGCCUACAACGCUUUUGUAAAAGAGUCUAAGCAGAAAAUGAGCGCAAGAAAAAGGCGGGCAGAAAAAGAAGCUAGAGAGGCAGAAAAGACUAGAGAAGAACUGGGCCUUGGUGAUGGAGAAGAUGAUCUGAAAGCACUGAUUCAAAGUAGAAAUAAAGAUCGAAAAAAGGAAAUGGAUGACUUCUUGGCACAACUGGAAGCAAAAUAUGGGAAUAAUUCAAAAAAAGGAGGAAAGAAGAUGGCAGCCAAGAAAGGGAAGAAGUAAAUAACUGUUUAGGCUGGAGUGUCAGGUAUCACUUUGUAUGGGAACUUUGUGUGGGUUUGGGAGAAUUUCAGAGGUAUUCUGGGCUGCUGUUUCAGAGUGCGUAUGCAUCAACUUGCUGCAGCUGGGAAGUAUGAUACAGAAUGUGUUGUGAACAAGAAAGACAAAACAUGCUGGCAUAACUGUUUAAAAUCUUUUAGUUGAUCUUUAGUUAAGAUCAAACAGAGUCUUGACUAACAGUUUUGUUGCAGUAAGAAAGUGCUAUGGUAUUUGGGAUAUCUGUAUGUUAAACUUGUGUUGAAGCACACUCCCUCCAACUACCUUAUGGAUAUCAGUACGGCUGAUGGUAAAACAACACGACUCAAUACCUCUGGGAGAGUCUUAAAUGCUGGCUCGUAUGGCUUAUUAGUUAGAAGACUUAUCUUUUCUGUUGUUCAUACACUUCUGUAACAAACUUUUUGGUGUUUUUAAUGGUCUUUGCACUUCAGUUCGAUGUGUGGUUUUUCAGAUAUUUCGGUUGUUUUAUAAAAAUACUUUUGAAAAUUGCAGAUUUAAUAAAGUACAAGAUUUUGCAAAAUUCUGUGCUAUUGUGCUUCCCCAGCCCUGUAUGUGCCAUUUUCUUAUUAACUAUUCAAAACACCAGAAACUGAUACUGUCUACUCGUCUGACUGAUUCAAAUCAAGUAAAUACUGCAUACUUCUAUAAUAGUUAAAAAUAUGGCUCUGUGCUUAAUAGCAGCAUUGGUGCUGGUGAUACUAGGUCAGAAUGAAGGGCCAUCUGGUCUUUGACAGUGGCCCGUACCAGAUGUCUAAGGAGAAAUAAGAGGCUAGAGCGAGUGAGUGAGUGACCUUGCAGAAGUGCUCCUAAAAUUCUCUAAUGUGCUUCUGGAGCUAGAGAUGAGGUCAUAAAUUAAAAAAACCACAGGGCGCAGCUGCUUCUGUGUAUUUCUAGGCUUCAUGAUGUCCCAUGGCAAGGAGUUCCAAAGCUGAAAAAUGUAUUGUGUGUUAUUCCAAUAGUGUCACAGUCGGAUCUGCUCUAGGUUGGCGGAGUGAUUAGUUGCUUAACUCCUGGUUUUGUGUGCACUGUAUUUGUCACUGGUUCAUUAUUUCAAAAGUGCAGUACUUCUGUAAGAUGUACAAAUUCUCUCAAGUUUUUUUUUCCCAAUUUCAGCUUUUUCAAUUUUAAACCACUUAAUGUAGUGUGAGGGAAUAUGAAAUUUGAAGAGUAACUAGUUUUCAAGUUGCUGUAGUUUGACGGAACGAGGCCUGCUUCAUUUUGUGGAUCACUUUUCAAAGGCUUAGGAGCACUUUUGAGUGGUCCUCAUCACUUUAACGAUAGCAUUCAGGAACUAAUUAUUUAAUACAGCUUGCUAGGUAGAAGUCAGAGGUGUAGAGAGUUAACUGCGUUCCCUGUGAACUUCCACUUUGGUACUUCUCAGAGACUGCAGUGUAUCAUUAUGUUGCAGAACGUGUAGGACUUGAACAUUACUUUUACUCUACAAAACACAUUUCUGACAGUGUAGACAACUCUCUGGCGUCAACUAAUUGUACAAAAAACAAGAAUUUUCUUUGAGAUUGUCUUCAACUCAUUGACUCCCCUAGCCUAUAAAAUCCUACGUUAUGUUACUAGAAGUCUAUUGGAGUUUAUUCGUAUAUCUUUAAGUUCUUAUGCAUUAGAGCUACAGAAAACUAGUUUGGUUCCUGAGGAUGGGCUGUCAUGAUAUGGUCACAGCCCACACCGUUCUGAUCAAGUUUUAACAGAGAAUACUUUAAUUUCCUUAAGGAGAGGAACGUCUGUAUUGACCAAAAUAACAUGACAAACUGAAGCCACAAUGUCAUGUAUUUGCCAGGUGGCAGGUUUGUCAUGUUAAUCCGCCGGCCUACUAUGGCAGUGAUACAAACAGGAUGCUUAUCUCCAGUUACCCUGAGAUAAUUAAAUGACGCUACAUGUGGUUCCAGUAGUCUUAACCAUUAGAAUACUUAUCUUGAUGUGAACUUGUGAGAUCUAGCUAGAGGAUCGUGCUUUUUUUCCCCUCAGGGAAAUGCAACGGAAGGAGUUAAUGCAGUUACACUCCCAUAGUUUGAUUUUGUUUUCUUUUCCCUCAUUUUUGAUUGGAGCAUAUUUGAACCGACCGGACUGAAGAACUUUAACCUAGGGUAAAAACUAUCAGCUGUUCUGUAGGUAGCACUAAUGUUUGGUAGAUUGCAUCACUUACAGUGGGGAAAUAGGGGAGCAACUUUAUAAAGAAUACCAACAAGUUUUUCCUUAUUAUUAAUAUCUUUCAAGUCACAAUCCAUAGUGCAAGCUUAGAAAAUAUGCUUUUUAAUUGGAUUGUAAAAGAUGAUAAAACUUCUCUACAACUUUUUUUGUACGGUAUCCUAACUUGGUUAAAAAUACGGUAAGUGGUUAUCU